UGACCGUUGACCCCUCCUCUGCUUGUCAUUUGGUUUGGACCAACAUGGCGGACGGUCAUUAAAGCCGUCGCCAUGGUGACGGAACACAAACACACCGCCGACUGUUCACCUGAACGAGUCCGACACAUUUCAGCUGUUUGAUCCUCACAGGUGUUCUGUGUAUUAAAUAGAUCAGCAGCAGCAGCAGAGUGACGAAGAGGAGGAGGAGGCCGAAGAUGCCGAAGAAAGCGAAGAAAGGCGGAGGAGGUAAAGGUGGAGGAAAGACGGAGGAGGAGCGACUGUUGUACAUGCAGCAGAGAGCUCAGGCAGAGGAGGAGAUGGCGAGGAAGAAAGAGGAGAUCCUCACUCUGUUUCUGAAGGACAAGCUGCAGAAGGAGGAGAGGAACACCGCAGUGAACCUGCUGAAGCUCAACGAAGGCUGGCGAGCGAUUCUUCGUCAGACUCGAGCUGCUGAGCUGCAUAAAGACAUCACGGUGCUCAGCCAGACGUUUGAGAGGCAGCUGGACGGCCUGCAGAGCAUCGUCAAGACGUUGGAGCGCGACCUGCUGGAGGCGGAGCGUCAGUCGGCUCGGGUGCGGCGCGUCCACCUGCAGCAUAUGGAGCGUCUGUGGACUCAGCAGGACAAACGGAUGAUGUUUCUGCAGCAGCAGUGGGAGAGCUGCCUGCAGGACCUCUGCUCCACCUACAGCUCUGAGAGGAAACAGCUGUUGACACAAACUCAGCAGCAGCAAGCUGUGCUGGAGGACGCAGCCUUCACUUUGCAGGAGAAGCAUGAAGACACGCUGACAGAAAUCCACAAUCUGUACGAUCAAAGCAUGGCGUUGUACGAGAACGCCUACGAGGAGAGGACGUCUAAUCUGCUCAUGAAUAACCAGAGACAGCUGAUCGAGAAGGCCCGUCGGAACCAGGAGGCUCUGCAGAGCUACAAAACUGAAAUCCGGAAACUGGAGAAACUGACGACCAAAAACCAAUGCACCGUCCGAUGGCUGGAGACAGACAAGAAGAACAUCAAGCGGAUGAAGGACUUAAUCGGUGUCCAGCGGGUGGAGCUGGUCUCCAGAAAGGCAGAAAACAAGUCGGUGAUACAAGAUCUGACAGUCACCAAAAACGAGAUGAACCGAAAGACUCACAAGCUCCGGGACCAGCUGACUCAAGCUCAGGCAGCGGCGAGGAAGCAGCUCACCGACCUCACCGUCCUCAGCGACGUCCCCGUCAAGAAACUGCAAGCAGUGAUCGCCAAGGGCGAGAGGGUUCUACGUGUCGCUGAAAUGUGCAACAAGCUGGAGAACGAGCAGAAAAACGUCUUCACGUCAUCAUCAUCAACUACAGAUGAACUCAGACAGGAGAAGACUGCGGCUGAGAGGGAUGAAGUAGCGAAGGAGACGUCCGCGUUUCCGGAGCUGCAGCCGGUGAUGCGGCGCUGCAACGCCGCUCUGCUGCAGCGUCACGCUCUGAAGACACACCGAGAGGAUCUGAGCCGAGAGAACCAGCGGCUGAAGCUUCUGCUGCGUCAGCACCUGGACGCCAUGACGGUCAGCGACGACACCCUGGACGGACGCCACGCUCUGCUCACCGUGCGCCUCGCGCCUCGCUCCGCGGCGCCCGCGGACACCGACAGACGCUACGCCGUCAUCGAGGCGGUUCAUGCUGUCAAACACUCAGUGUGACGCGGCGGUGAAAUUACUGCGUCUUUUUGUUCUAACAGUUGUUUUCUCUUGAAAGAAAUAUUUAAAAUAAACUCUGAUUUUGCUGUGAAA